CCUCGCUUUCACCAGGCAGAAUUGAAGACCGGCAGGAAGCGGGUGGUGGCUUGCGGGGCAGUGCAUAGUGCAAGCUAACUGUCUGCUCAGUAAAACCCCAUUUGUAGGGUCUGGUCUUUGCCCGUCCAGUGUCUGUGUGUGCACAGCAGGCCCCUUACCACGCGUCCUGCGUGGCUGGGCGCUGCGCGGAGGAGUUUCUCAGCCUUAAGUCCAGAGAGAGUUAAGUGGGUGUGAUUGAUAUAGUGGUUCUCUCUAGGGGCUUAAGUGUGUGUAUGGGGUGGGGAGGGGGUCGGUUAAAGUCCCGGAGUCCAGAGCCCGGAUGAAGGGGGCGGAGUUGGGCUUUGCCGGGAGUGCCCGGAUGGAGUAGGCGUGGUCUCGGUAAGAGCAGAAUUAACCCUUACCGAGUACCUGGCUCUCGAGAUUGUGGAUCGGUUUGGGAAAGGCUGGAAUGUCUGCUCCAGAAGUGUGUCGCCCUCCCAGCCUGGCUCUGGCCGCGUACGUCUACCUCCCGUUUGUCUUCGAGGAGUCUGUGUGUGUCUGUCUUUGUGCCUGUCCGUGGUUCUUCCCUCUCCUUGGUUAGUAUGGACACCGGGAGUUGGGGAGGGCUAUUCCUGCCCCAGAGCGAGAGUGGAGGUGAGAGUGGAGUGCGAGCGGGCCCCUGGAGGCGGCUGAGGAACAGGUGUGAGUGCGGCAGCGGGGCUGCCCCGCGCGGGGUGGGGCCGUCGUGGGGGAGAUGAGAGGGGAAAUUCCACGGGACCAGUGGUGAGCAGUGUGUGGGUUGAGGAGUUGUGUCUGCCUCUGACUGUGUAUCUAUGUGAGUUGAGGGAGGCGGGGGCUGAGUCAGUGGGAAUAAGGGAGGUUUUCUGGGUGACUCAUUCACCCCCCCCUCCAAGCCUGAAUCAGACCCUGAGGAAGUCGCCUUGUUCGUGGAGCGGGUGGGGAAUCAGCGCCUGACUUGAACCUUGGUGCGGGCGAGGAUCCGAGGUUGUUGGCGAGAGUGUUUAGUGUACAGGAAGUUUUGUCCUUGAGCGCUCUGUAUUACCGGGUCCCGGUGUGUGUUUGUGUGGGGAGGUUGCGGAUAAAGGUUGAAGAUCAGAGGGCUGGAGGGACGGAACUCGCUAGUUUAGGGAAAGCUGAGUCAGUUCCCCGUGGGAAAGGGGAAGUGGCAGAGGGGAAGUGUCAUCAUCACAGAAGGGAAGCUGCAUUUCCUGGUAACCGGCAGCGCCCUGGGCUCGCUUCCCUACCAGGGAUUUGCUUCUCUGAUUUGGUACCGUGUGACCCUGUUUGUCCAAGUCUGGUCGCUGGGUCCUCGCAGGGUUCGGCCGGGACAGCCAAACCUGAGCUCUAUUUGACCACAGUUAAGCGCCGUACUACUUGUCCCAGGGCUUGGCAACUGACAGAAAGAUUGGUGGGGAGAGUUCUGACAGUUCUCCAUGUGAACUGCGGUGGGGUCUGUAGGGCGCUAGUGCUUACCAGCUCUCGUGUGGGAGUGGCAUGCCGGGACCUGUAAGGUCUAAGCGCUUCCAUACAAACAGACGACUUACCCCUGCGGGAAGGGGGAUUAUUUUCAACAGAAACCCUUCUGCCCUUGUGGGCUGAGUGGAAAUUUCCCCACAGCGCAGACUUCUCGGCGACGGCGAACUUUCCAGCCGCCCCCAGCCCCUCGCGGCUCUCUCCCCCAGCUUCCUGCCCCGCGCUUGCUCCAGCUGGAGCUAUGGCCCCGCCCCCGCGGCUUUGUACCCGGCACUCGUCUCUCACUGCUCUUUGUACUCAAGACUCAAUGGACCGAUCCUGGGAUCGGAGCCCUACCUGCGGGGACCAGGGGCUGUUACUGAGGCGGAGACACGGGUGAUGAUUGGCUUUCUGGGGAGAGAAGUAGUCCUGUGAUUGGCCAGAUCCCUGGAGCUCGCUGACGCAGUGAGAGGACGCUCCCACGCAGGCCGAAUUGGCUGUGAAAGGCCAGGGGCUGCCAUCUGGGGACAGUGGGCACACUUACCAGAACGGCUGGAGCCGGACCAUAGUCCCAGAGAGCUGGGGCAGGGGCCGUGCCCAAUCUCCAGGGCUCCUGGGGUCACUGCUGACCUGGCUGGAUGCAUCGGGCAGUGGACCCUCCAGGGGCCCGCACUGCACGGGAAGCCUUUGCCCUUGGGGGCCUGAGCUGUGCUGGGGCUUGGAGCUCCUGCCCUCCCCAUCCUCCACCUCGUAGUGCAUGGCUGCCUGGAGGCAGAUGCUCAACCAGCAUUGGGCAGCCCCCACUCCCUGCUCCCUUACCCCCUUCACAUGGCAGUAGCUCUGGGCACCCCACCAAACCAUAUUAUGCUUCAGGGACGCCCACCCCAAGACCCCUCCAUGGGAAGUUGGAAUCCCUGCAUGGCUGUGUGCAGGCAUUGCUCCGGGAGCCGGCACAGCCAGGGCUGUGGGAACAGCUUGGACAGUUGUAUGAGUCAGAGCAUGACAGUGAGGAGGCCAUACGCUGCUACCACAGCGCCCUUCGAUACGGAGGAAGCUUUGCUGAGCUGGGGCCCCGCGUUGGCCGACUGCAGCAGGCUCAGCUCUGGAACUUUCAUGCUGGCUCCUGCCAGCACCGAGCCAAGGUCCUGCCUCCCCUGGAACAAGUGUGGAACUUGCUACAUCUUGAGCACAAGCGGAACUAUGGGGCUAAGCGAGGGGGUCCCCCGGUGAAGCGAGCUGCUGAACCCCCAAUGGUUCAGCCUAUGCCUCCGGCAGUACUCUCAGUCCCCUCGGGUGAGGAGGGCCUCAGCCCGGGAGGCAAGCGCAGGAGAGGCUGCAGCUCUGAGCAGACUGGCCUUCCCCCAGGGCUGCCACUCCCACCGCCUCCAUUCCCACCGCCUCCGCCACCACCCUUGCCUGGCCUCCCUACCAGUCCCCCAUUUCAGCUGACCAAGCCAGGACUGUGGAAUACCCUGCAUGGAGAUGCCUGGGGCCCCGACCGCAAGGGUUCAGCACCCCCAGAGCGCCAGGAGCAGCGGCACUCGCUGCCUCACCCAUAUCCAUACCCAGCUCCAACCUACACUGCGCAUCCCCCCAACCACCCCAGCCACCGGCUCGUCCCGGCCGCACCCCCAGGCUUGGGCCCCCGCCCCCCAGGAGCAGAGAGCCAUGGCUGCCUGCCUGCCACCCGUCCCCCCGGAAGUGACCUUAGAGAGAGCAGAGUUCAGAGGUCGCGGAUGGACUCCAGUGUUUCACCAGCAGCAACUACCACCUGCGUGCCUUAUGCCCCUCCCCGGCCUCCUGGCCUCCCUGGCACCACCAGCAGCAGCAGCAGCAGCAGCAGCAGCAGCAGCAGCAGUACGGGUCUCCGGGGCAUGGAACUGAGCCCACCUGGCACGGACCAUUACCAAACUCCCGCCCUGGAGGUGGCCCCCCAUCACGGCCGCCUGGGGCCCUCCACACACAGCAGUCGGAAACCAUUCUUGGGGGCUCCUGCUGCCACUGCUCACCUUUCCUUGCCACCUGGGUCCCCCUCACUUUCUCCACCCCCCUGUCCCCGCCUCUUACGCCCCCCGCCACCCCCUGCUUGGAUGAAGGGCCCUGCCUGUCGGGCAGCCCGAGAGGAUGGAGAGAUCUUAGAGGAGCUCUUCUAUGGGACUGAGGGAUCCCCCCGGCCUCCUCCCCCACCACUCCCCCACCGCGAGGGCUUCUUGGGGCCUCCGGCCCCCCGCUUUUCUGUGGGCACUCAGGAUUCGCAUACCCCUCCCGCUCCCCCAACCACCAGCAGUAGCAGCAGCAGCAGCAACAAUGGCAGCCACAGCAGUAGCCCUACUGGGCCUGUGCCCUUCCCCCCACCUCCUUAUCUGGCAAGAAGUAUGGACUCCCUUCCCCGGCCACCUAGCCCAACAAUGAACCCCCAGGACCCUCCUCUUGCACCCCUAACUCUUGCCCUGCCUCCAGCCCCUCCCUCCUCCUGCCACCAAAAUACCUCAGGAAGCUUCAGGCGCUCGGAGAGCCCCCGGCCCAGGGUCUCCUUCCCAAAGACCCCCGAGGUGGGGCCGGGGCCACCCCCAGGCCCCCUGAGUAAAGCUCCCCAGCCUGUGCCGCCUGGGGUAAGGGAGCUGCCUGCCCGAGGCCCUCGACUCUUUGAUUUUCCCCCAACCCCGCUGGAGGACCAGUUUGAAGAGCCAGCUGAAUUCAAGAUCUUACCUGAUGGGCUGGCUAACAUCAUGAAGAUGCUGGAUGAAUCUAUCCGAAAGGAGGAAGAGCAGCAGCAACAGGAGGCAGGCGUGGUUCCCCCGCCCCCACUGAAGGAGCCCUUUGCAUCUCUACAGCCUCCAUUUCCCAGUGACACAGCCCCAACCACCACUGCUGCUGCCACAGCUGUCACCACUACCACCACCACCACCCAGGAAGAGGAGAAGAAGCCACCACCACCAGCCCUACCGCCACCACCGCCUCUAGCCAAGUUCCCUCCACCUCCACAGCCACAGCCACCUCCACCCCCACCACCUCCACCAGCCAGCCCAGCCAGCCUGCUCAAAUCCUUGGCCUCCGUACUGGAGGGGCAGAAGUACUGUUAUCGUGGGACUGGAGCAGCUGUUUCCUCCCGGCCUGGGCCCUUGCCUGCCACUCAGUAUUCCCCUGGUCCCCCAUCAGGUGCUACCGCCCUCCCCCCUACUUCAGUGUCCCCUAGAACCCAGGGCUCCCCGCAGCCCUCUGCUUCCUCGUCAUCUCAGUUCUCUACCUCAGGUGGGCCCUGGGCCCGGGAGCUCAGGGCAGGUGAAGAGCCAGCCCCAGGCCCUGCAACCCCCACUCAGCUGCCCCCACCCCUACCAACGCCCCUUGCUCGUUCUGAGUCUGAGGUGCUAGAAGAGAUCAGUCGGGCUUGUGAGACCCUUGUAGAGCGGGUGGGCCGGAGUGCUGUUGACCUGGCAGACCCAGUGGACACAACAGACUCGGUGGAUAGUGGGACUGAGCGGAUACUGCCUCCUGCACUGGCCAAGGAGGAGAGUGGUGUGGUGGCCACAGGGCCCGGCAGUGGUAAGCGGCGGCAGAAGGAACACCAGAGGGAACACCGGCGGCACAGGCGGGCAUGUAAGGACAGUGUAGGUCGCCGACCCCAUGAGGGGAGAGCCAAGGCCAAGGCCAAAGCCCCCAAAGAAAAGAGCCGCAGGGUGCUAGGGAACCUGGACCUGCAGAGCGAGGAGAUCCAGGGUCGGGAGAAGGCCCGUCCUGACCUAGGUGGGGCUUCCAAGGUCAAGCCACCCACAGCUCCAGCUCCUCCGCCAGCUCCUGCACCUUCUGCCCAGCCUGUGUCCCCAGCUGCCCCUGUCCCUGGGAAGAAGGCUCGAGAGGAAGCUCCAGGGCCCCCAGGUGUUAGCCGAGCUGACAUGCUAAAGCUUCGCUCACUUAGUGAGGGGCCUCCCAAGGAGCUGAAGAUUCGCCUCAUCAAGGUAGAGAGUGGUGACAAGGAGACCUUUAUCGCCUCUGAGGUGGAAGAGCGGAGACUGCGCAUGGCAGACCUCACCAUCAGCCACUGUGCUGCUGAUGUUGUGCGUGCCAGCAAGAAUGCCAAGGUGAAAGGAAAGUUUCGAGAGUCCUAUCUUUCCCCUGCCCAGUCUGUGAAACCGAAGAUCAACACUGAGGAGAAACUACCCCGGGAAAAACUCAACCCCCCUACGCCCAGCAUCUAUCUUGAGAGCAAACGGGAUGCCUUCUCGCCAGUGCUGCUGCAGUUCUGUACAGACCCUCGAAAUCCCAUCACAGUGAUCCGCGGCCUGGCAGGUUCCUUGCGGCUCAACUUGGGCCUCUUUUCCACCAAGACCUUGGUGGAGGCAAGUGGUGAGCACACUGUGGAGGUGCGCACUCAGGUGCAGCAGCCCUCAGAUGAGAAUUGGGACCUGACGGGCACGAGACAGAUCUGGCCCUGUGAGAGUUCCCGUUCCCACACUACCAUUGCUAAGUACGCACAGUACCAGGCCUCAUCCUUCCAGGAGUCACUGCAGGAGGAGAAAGAGAGUGAGGAUGAGGAGUCAGAGGAGCCAGACAGCACCACAGGAACCUCUCCUAGCAGUGCACCAGACCCGAAGAACCAUCACAUCAUCAAGUUUGGCACCAACAUCGACCUGUCUGAUGCCAAGCGGUCAGUGAUGCUAAGGCAGCAAAGGUGGGGCAGGAAUCCAGCUGGGCACUUGGUUAGGGGUACCCUCUCACUUUGGUCUCCUUCUCAAAGGUGGAAGCCCCAGCUACAAGAGCUGCUGAAACUGCCCGCCUUUAUGCGGGUAACAUCCACGGGCAAUAUGCUCAGCCAUGUGGGCCACACCAUCCUGGGCAUGAACACAGUACAGCUGUACAUGAAGGUUCCUGGCAGCAGAACGCCAGGCCACCAAGAGAACAACAAUUUCUGCUCUGUCAACAUCAACAUUGGCCCAGGGGACUGCGAGUGGUUUGCAGUGCAUGAACACUACUGGGAGACCAUCAGCGCCUUCUGUGAUCGGCAUGGAGUGGACUACUUGACCGGCUCCUGGUGGCCAAUCCUAGAUGACCUCUAUGCUUCCAAUAUUCCUGUGUACCGCUUUGUGCAGCGGCCUGGAGACCUGGUGUGGAUUAAUGCGGGGACUGUGCAUUGGGUGCAAGCCACCGGCUGGUGCAACAACAUUGCCUGGAACGUGGGGCCCCUCACCGCCUAUCAGUACCAGCUGGCCCUGGAACGAUAUGAGUGGAACGAGGUGAAGAACGUCAAAUCCAUUGUACCCAUGAUUCACGUGUCCUGGAACGUGGCUCGCACGGUCAAAAUCAGCGACCCCGACUUGUUCAAGAUGAUCAAGUUCUGCCUCCUGCAGUCUAUGAAGCACUGCCAGGUGCAGCGGGAGAGCCUGGUGCGGGCAGGGAAGAAAAUCGCUUACCAGGGCCGGGUCAAGGACGAGCCCGCGUACUACUGCAAUGAGUGCGACGUGGAAGUGUUCAACAUCCUGUUCGUGACCAGUGAGAACGGCAGCCGCAACACGUACCUGGUGCACUGCGAGGGCUGCGCACGGCGCCGCAGCGCGGGCCUACAGGGCGUGGUGGUGCUGGAGCAGUACCGCACGGAGGAGCUGGCGCAGGCCUACGACGCCUUCACGCUGGUGAGUGCCGGCCAGGCCAGGGGCUCUGCGUGGUGUCCAGAGGAGGGGGGCUCCAGCCUGCUGAGCCCGCUGAGCCCCCAUCUGCUUUCUCCCCGCAGGCCCCCGCCAGUACGUCGCGAUGAGGCCGGACGCCCCGCCCGCCUUGCAGGGCGCCGCGGGGCCACCAGCACACGCCUGGGCUGGACCUAGGUCCCGCCUGUGGCCGGGAAGGGGGUCGGUCGGGCCCAGCCCUUCCACCCCAUUGGCAGCUCCCCUCACUUAAUUUAUUAAGAAAUUUUUUUUUAACAAAUAUGAGGAAAAAAAAGAAAAAAAAAGGGAGACGGGGGAGGGGGCUGGCAGCCCCUCGCCCACCAGCGCCUCCCCUCACCGACUUUGGCCUUUCUAGCAAGAGACACAAGGACCAGGCUCUGGCGGCGGCGGGGUCACAUACGGGUUCCUCACGCCUGCCCGCCGCGCCCAUGCUCGCGGCUCGUGUGUGUACAUAGACCUUACGGCAGCCGAGGUUUUUAAUGAGAUUCUUUCUAUGGGCUUUACCCCUCCCAGAACUUCCUUUUUUACUUCCAAUGCUAGCUGUGACCCCUGUACAUGUCUCUGUUUAUUCACUUGAUUAUGAUUUGUAUUUUUGUUCUUUUUGGUUUUUAAUUUAUAACAGUCCCACUCACCUAUUUAUUCAUUUUUGGGAAAACCCGACCUCCUGCACUCCCAAGCCAUCCCACCCGCCCCCCUCGGGGACUGCCCGCCCCAGUGUGUGUCCGGUCCGUGUCCGUCCGUCCGGGCUCGGCCUGUCCGUCUCCGCCUGCUCCAGUCGGGCUCUCAUGGUGCUCAAACCUGCUCCCCUCCCCUACGUCCGUCCUGCACUUUCUCGGACCAGUCCCCCAACUCCCAUACCGACCCUAACCCCGCCUGAGGGUGAGCGACUCCUGUACUGUAGGGGAAGAAGUGGGAACUGAAAUGGUAUUUUGUAAAAAAAAUAAUAAAAAUUAAUAAAAAAAUAAAAUUUAAAAGUUUUAAAGAAAGAACUAUGAGGAAAAAAGGAACCCUCUCCUUCCCAGCCCCGGCCAAUUUAAAAAACAUGGACCUUCACCCUCACCUCCUCCCCCUUUUUUUAGAAAAGCGUGAAGCAGCCCAGGGCCAGGGCCUCACUGGGGCAGAGACACCCCGGGGUGAAUCUCUCUGGGGCUUUAUUUUCAUUUUUUUAGUUGGUUUUUCUCCCUGCUGGGGCUGCGGAGGGGUGGUGGGGGGGUUUACAGACCCGCCCCCUCGCACUGCACUGUCUCUCUGCCCCAGGGGCAGAGGGGUCUUCCCAACCUUACCCUAUUUUCGGUGAUUUUUGUGUGAAGAUAUUAAUAUUAAAAAUAAA